GUAAGAAAUAAAUUUUUCUGUAGAACGAUUCAUAUUUUCUCUCUUCGAAAAUUGUUAGAUUUCUGCAUCUUUUAAUAAGUUUCGAUAAAAUUUAAGGUAUUGCAGAACAAAGCUAUGGACAUGGAGAAGACUCCUGGCAGUAUGUUCGAAGAACAUCAGAAAACCCUGUCCAGUGCAAUUGAAAGAGGUGCAGAUAUCAAAUGCUAUAAGCACCCAAAGGGACUUCGUACAAAGACUUUUAUGAUUGUGGUCGUUAUUCCUAUUGCACUUAUAAUGUGCUUAUUUCUAGCUUCUUUAUAUUUCUUCCGGAUUGAUCGAAGGCAUAAAAUAGUGCGUUAUCGCGUUGACUGCGCUGUGGAAAUCUAUGUUGAAAAUAAUGAAACUAUUUCGUACAUAAUGUAUUCAGACGACUUGGAUUCCGGUAUGAUAUUUAUAGCACCACAAAUCCUAAAAAAUAUGAAGGAGGAUUUUCCUCGUGGGUAUGACUUUCGUCAAGAAAUUGAGAUUAAUGUUAUGGAUAGCUCUCGAAUCCACACUGUCGCUAUUAAUAUUAGUAAUGUCAGGACUGACUUCACUACUCGGUUUAUGCAUAAUUUUAAAAAGAAUCUCACAGCAAUUGUGGACUACGAUCAUAAUCGGUGCUUUAUCAUGAAAAUUAACCACAAUGUUACCAUGAAUGCUUAUAAGUUAUGGAUAUCCAUACAGAGGAUGGAAUAUUUAUAUCCAAAAGUACAUGAAACACAAUUUCAAUCACAAAAACGCGUUGUUCUACCAGCUGUUGCUGAUCUAUCCUUCGCUGACGAGGGAAUGGUAAAAGAUUGCCAUGAUAAGAAUGUCUAUAUACUAACUGACAUUCGUUCCGAUGAUAAGUUCCCGGUUAAUGAGUUCAUUACCAAAGACGCUCGCUUUUAUGAAUUUUUUGGACGAGGUAUUACCGAAUAUAGCCUUGUUAAUCUCGAUGAGAUGUUGUUGUAUGAAAAACAUUUGUAA